AUGGCCGCUGCUGCAAUUGACGCGUCUGCCUUUGACGCCAUCGCGAAGUGUCUGACUGUCGCUCUUGAUGUUUAUCGCGUCGUUCGAGAUAUUCAUCAUGGAGAGAAGGCCUCAACUGCUGUCGCUGACUUUGCUGGGCUGUCGGAUGCGCUGUCAAAGUCGGCCCAGCACAUCAAGGGCGUUGUCCAAGAGACCGGCCGCGACGGGCACGGCCAGCCUCUUUUUUUGAUCAGGUUCGCUUGUGUCAAGAUAUCCGAGGACCUCGUCGUCCAUAUUGAUCGCGUGUUGAAGUCAUCCGCCGUCAAAGACGGGCUUAUUGACAGCGCCAACUUUUGUGACUUGUGGUCGCUCGACGAUCUUCAUGCCCUUGGCCUGCGACUUGACGAAGUCGUUCACCGCUUCAAGGAGAUGAGAGAGGAUUCCGACCUCGAUGAUGGCGAAGGCGCGUUGCAACACCCUUCGCUGGGUGACUUGACUGCCAGCGACGUCGAUCCUGACGAGACCGACAGUCUCGCCCAACAGCUCUUGUCGGCGCCUGCUUCUCCCACCUCAGCUCCACGUCUUGCCCCCACCGGAAUCAUCAACGACUUCAUCCUCGAGAGCCUUGCGUACUCGAGCAUGCGCGACCGUGAGGAUGAAGUGACUGAAGCCCAUUCACGUACUCUUGAAUGGAUCUUUGACGAUUCUCCCCUCACCCAACCUCUCCGGAAUGCGUUUCGCGAUUCUUUUACGACAUGGCUCAAGACGAACGAGCUGGGUCCCAUUUAUUGGAUCACCGGGAAGCCUGGCUCUGGCAAGUCGACACUCAUGAGGUUCCUCUCCCAGGAUCGUACGGCUAUGGAGUACCUGCGCCUCUGGGGAGCUGACAAGCCCGUCAACACGGCAGGCUUCUUUUUCUGGACGAGUGGUUCUCGACAGCAACGAUCGCAAACAGGCUUGCUUCGGUCUCUCCUCCAUCAGCUGCUUUCUUCGACCCCAGAGCUUAUUGCCAAGACAUUCCCUGAUCUUUGGGCAAGGGUGAGGCAGAUGACGACAAAGGAGCGGAUCAGCCUCGAGUUAGAAUGGACCAUUGUCGACCUGAGAGCUGCCCUCGACACAUUCCUCAACGCCGCGCUGAAGGACGCCAACAUUUGUCUGUUUAUCGACGGUCUAGACGAAUUCGACGGCGAUCAUCACGAAAUUAUCGACUUUUUCAAAAGUCUGACGACGAGAGACAAGACGACGGGAGCUAAUGGCAAUUCCCUCAAGAUGUGCCUGUCCUCCCGUCCUUGGGCCGUGUUCAAUGAAGCCUUUGGCAGCUCCGUGCCGAACACCAAGCUGCAGGAUCUUAGCCACGAGGACAUGUGUCGUUACGUCAAGGACGCGUUCAGAUCCAACACACCACUUCGAAGACUGAUGAGGACGAAUGAGGAGGCGAGCGGACAAUUGAUCUUGUCGACUGUCCAGAGAGCGGAUGGCGUGUUCCUCUGGGUGAGGCUUGCGGCCGAGAGGAUGUUAUCGGCAUUCGGACGACGCGAGAAGUUUGAGACGUUGCAAGAGGCACUGCAAAGCCUUCCGUCGGAUCUGGAUGCGCUCUUUGAGAAGCUGCUGUUCCAGGAUCAAUCCGAGACCGAGGUCCUUGACACAGCAGCGCUCUUCCAGCUCAUCCACGCCAGAGAAAUCGUCGCCGACUUUAUCAAGGAUGAGUCAUCGACCUCCCUCACCAUUUGGGAGCUGGCAUUUGCCUUACACAAAGAUGAUGACGUUGCUGCGUUGGAGCGAGAGGUUUGUGAGGCGACAGACGAAGAGCUUCAGACACGGUGUGCGAUGACGGCCCGACACAUCAAGAAUCGCUUCUCUGGGCUGCUGAACAUCCAUCAAAGGCGAAUCGGAAACCAAAGGGUGCAUCGCGCCGACGUCGCAAAGCUCGUCACGAGCUGUCGAGUCAUCUAUAUCCACCGAACUGUCCGAGACUGGCUGAUGGAGGCGAAUGGAGCGGGCGAACGCCUCAAGGCACUUCAGUCGCAGGACUUUGAUGCUCAUCUUCGACUCUUGCGAUCAUAUGUCCUUCGACUUAAGUUUCCUCUUGAUGAGAUUGAACAUCAUCGUCGCUUGGACGAGUGGUACCCUGACAUCGCGCUCGCCAUGAGCCACGCUCGGUACAUUCUCAAUGACCCGGACAAUCUUCAGCGGCCGCUUCUCAAUGAAAUGAACAAGACCAUCUCAUGGCUGUGGUUAGAGAAACCUUCGGACCCCUACGACCAUUGGGCGAAGAGUACAUUUGGCGCGUACGAGAUCCGAAUGAAGGCUCCUUCGAUUCGGCGUCCAUUUCUCUGUCUCGCCACCAAGUUUGGACUUACGGAAUAUGUCUCGCAAGAGGUUCAACAUGCUCAAACCUCGAACGGCGACGAUGAGGAAAAUGACGAUGGCUCGACACCGUUGCUGUCGUACGCGACCGAGUUCCUCUGCUCCCGCAACAAGACCAUCUUUCCGCUGUCGUCCCCCAAGCUAGUCCACUUUCUCAUCACGAACCAGUCAGCCAUCAACCCUGGCCCUGAUCACAAAUACAAGCAUUUCGUCACUGGUCAGUCUGUAACCCCCUGGUUGGCGGUUCUCCGCCACCUCCGCGAUGCCAAACGGAGAGGCUGGAUCGAACACUACGACAUUGAUCCAGAGGGCACUCAAAGAUGGGCUGAGAUUGUGACCAUGUUCAUCGAGCAUGCAGAUGUCCAUGCAGUGGUCAAGAGAGAUGCAUGGGAUCCAGAGAUUACGGCUCUUGGGGUGAUGAAGUUGUUGGAGGAUACGUACGGGGCGGCGGACAUGCACAAAUUGAGGGUGCUCAUGGAGUCACGGAUUGAGCAGGUAAAAUAA